CCGCGGCCCCACCUCCCGCUCGCUCUGCAGCGCCAGCUCGGCAGGCGCGGGGCGUGAGUCUCGAGUGAGACCCGCCAGGCUCCAACUCCGCAGCGCCGGGGCUCGGCGGGCAGCAACUUUCUCCCCGGAGCGGCCGCGGCGGCGGCGGCGGCGGCUGCUGCCGUGGCAGUCGGAGCGGGAGCCGGGAGGAGGAAGGCGGCGGCAGCGGUUCCUUGUGCCCGCUCGGGCUGUCUAGCCCUCCGAGACCGCCGGCCCGCGGAGCCUCGUCCCCCCGGGCAGCCCCGGGCCCCUGCCCUAUGUCCCGCAAGGCAAGCGAGAAUGUGGAGUACACGCUGCGGAGCCUGAGUAGCCUCAUGGGCGAGCGGCGCAGGAAGCAGCAGGAGCCGGACGCGGCGAGCACGGCUGGGGAGCGCAGCCUCCUGGCGGCCGCCGAGUCCAGCGCCAGCCUGCAGGGCUCGGGCGGCGGCGGCGUCGGGGACCUGGAGCGCGCGGCGCGGAGGCAGUUCCAGCAGGACGAGACCCCCGCCUUCGUGUACGUGGUGGCAGUCUUCUCCGCGCUGGGCGGCUUCCUGUUCGGCUAUGACACCGGGGUGGUGUCGGGGGCCAUGCUGCUGCUCAAGCGGCAGCUCAGCCUGGACGCGCUGUGGCAGGAGCUGCUCGUGUCCAGCACGGUGGGGGCGGCCGCAGUCUCGGCGCUGGCUGGCGGGGCCCUCAACGGCGUCUUCGGCCGCCGCGCCGCCAUCCUGCUGGCCAGUGCCCUCUUCACCGCCGGCUCCACGGUGCUGGCUGCGGCGAACAACAAGGAGACGCUGCUCGCCGGCCGCCUGGUUGUAGGGCUCGGCAUCGGCAUUGCUUCUAUGACAGUGCCAGUGUACAUCGCUGAGGUCUCACCCCCCAAUUUAAGAGGUCGAUUAGUCACCAUUAAUACCCUCUUCAUCACGGGAGGGCAGUUCUUUGCAAGUGUUGUCGAUGGAGCCUUCAGUUAUCUCCAGAAAGAUGGAUGGAGGUACAUGCUGGGACUUGCAGCAAUUCCAGCAGUUAUACAGUUUUUUGGCUUUCUCUUUUUACCUGAAAGCCCUCGAUGGCUUAUUCAGAAAGGACAGACUCAGAAGGCCCGUAGAAUUUUAUCUCAGAUGCGUGGUAACCAGACCAUUGAUGAGGAGUAUGAUAGCAUCAAAAACAACAUUGAAGAAGAGGAAAAAGAGGUUGGCUCAGCUGGACCUGUGAUCUGCAGAAUGCUGAGUUAUCCCCCAACUCGCCGAGCUUUAAUUGUGGGUUGUGGCCUACAAAUGUUCCAACAGCUCUCAGGCAUUAACACCAUCAUGUACUACAGUGCAACCAUUCUGCAGAUGUCUGGUGUUGAAGACGACAGACUUGCAAUAUGGCUGGCUUCAGUUACAGCCUUCACAAAUUUCAUUUUCACACUUGUGGGUGUCUGGCUUGUUGAGAAAGUGGGUCGCAGAAAGCUUACGUUUGGUAGUUUAGCAGGUACCACCGUAGCACUCAUUAUUCUUGCUUUGGGAUUUCUGCUAUCAGCCCAGGUUUCUCCACCCAUCACUUUUAAUCCAAUAGCUCCUUUAGAUCAGAACACUUCUUGCACAAGAUACAGUUACUGUAAUGAAUGUAUGUUGGAUCCAGACUGCGGUUUCUGCUAUAAGAUGAAUAAAUCAGCCGUCAGUGACUCCUCCUGUGUUCCAGUUAAUAAAGCAUCUACAAACGAGGCAGCCUGGGGCAGGUGUGAAAAUGAAACCAAAUUCAAAACAGAAGAAGUAUUUUGGGCUUACAAUUUCUGCCCUACUCCAUACUCCUGGACUGCACUUCUGGGCCUUAUUUUAUAUCUUGUUUUCUUCGCACCUGGAAUGGGACCAAUGCCUUGGACUGUGAAUUCUGAAAUAUAUCCCCUUUGGGCAAGAAGUACAGGAAAUGCAUGUUCAUCUGGAAUAAAUUGGAUUUUCAAUGUUCUGGUUUCAUUGACAUUUUUACACACAGCAGAGUAUCUUACAUACUAUGGAGCCUUCUUCCUCUAUGCUGGAUUCGCUGCUGUGGGUCUCCUUUUCAUCUACGGCUGUCUUCCUGAGACCAAAGGGAAAAAAUUAGAGGAAAUUGAAUCACUCUUUGACAACAGGCUAUGUACAUGUGGUGCUUCAGAUUCUGAUGAAGGGAGAUAUAUUGAAUAUAUUCGGGUGAAGGGAAGUAACUAUCAUCUUUCUGACAAUGACGCUUCUGAUGUGGAAUAAUUGUCAGCUGCUGAUAUAUUUAGUAAUUUAAACAAACUUGGGAGAGAAGAACAGCAAUUGGUGACCUCACUGCCCUGCUUUUAAUCUGGUUCUUUCCACAGUCUAGUUUUGAAUGACUUCAUAUUCUAGAAUAUUUGAUUCCAAGGAAGAUACAAUCACAAUGACAUUUUUUUUCACAAGCAGAGAUGUAAAAAAAAAUCUACAGAGAUUUUAAACUAAUAGUUUUUGAGCAAAUGUGUAUAAUUCCUUCCUGAGAUAGUUUAAAAUGAAUAUUAUACCCAGUGAUUUCCGUGAUAAUCCUUUUUUCCUAAGACUAUAUAUAAUUAUUAGUGGCAAUUGAGUCAGUGCUAAUCUAGCCAAAUCAUAUAUGUGUGAUAUACUUACAGCAGAGGAUUCUAAAGUAUGGUCCAAGGGUAUUUUCUGUCAAAGCAUGGCCUGUUGGCCCUAAAUUCUCCUAAGGACACGGAGCUUACCUGUGAUCAGCUAUUAGAAAGUGAACUCCAUUUAAGCUUUCAUCAACAAAUUCAAAAGUGCGUCCUACAGGGGCACAGCUGUCCUUAUAUCCUUUGGAUCCCACAUUUUGGUUUGUCUCUCCAAUUCAUAUCUGGAAAGUUCUUCAGAAGCUGACUCUGUAUAGGAUCAUUUGAACAUUAUGAAAAGCAGGGCUUUUAGGGUUUAUUUUCCUACAUAUUUUUUGCAUCAGUGAGAAGUAUACAUUUGCACAGAUUAGCUAGCAAGUUUUGAUAAGUAUAUUUUAUUGCUAGAAAGUAAGAAAGAAAAGAUUUUUAUGGACCUUAAAGAUUUUUAACCCUGAGUUAGUCACUUAGGUGUGCAACUGUAAACACAAAAUAGCACUAGAUCUUCAACUGUGUUUCAGGGUCAGUUUUUGUUCAUGCCAAAAUCACCAGAUAUUCACCAUGCCUUCACUCAUCCACUCUGGAGUCCUAGUAUUUGUGCCUUCAUUUGUGUGAUAUAAAUAACUUCUAGCAGACUAAUUUUCCCCUUCUUUUAAUCAAAUAAUUUCUGAAACAAGAAAGGAAGGAAGAAAAUCAGUGGCAGAAAUAAUCCUGCUGUUACUGAUGUUUGUUUAAUUAAGUAGUGGGACUUUUAUUUUUCUUAACUUUUUAUUAACUCUUCCUAAGGGAAUUGUCACAUUUUGUUACUUACGGUACUCGUCUUUUUUUUUCCUUUAAAUUCUGAGAGCAUAAACUGAUUUUUAUUUUGCACACCCUUUCUCAUUUUACCUGACAUUCUAUAUUAAAAGAUACAUAGAUUUGUCUGUGGGUUUUUCCUUUGUCUCAUGCUUGGCUUGGAUUUUUUUCCUCCUUGUCUAAAAAUUGGGAUUUUCUACUGGAACAGAUUAAUGGUUCUCAUGUAAUAUGCCUUUAAGAGAUGUUGACUUACUACAUUUCUACAAUAUCUUUUCAAAGUGUUCAUUGGUUUUUAUGCUCAUUCAUCAGUGAACUCCAAUUUUCACUCGUAUGUUAAGAACUAUAUAGUAUGUACAAACUCACUCACAAAAUUACUUGCUAGUUCCAGUGGAAAUACGAAUGACUCUUCUGUGGUCAGUUAAGACUGCAUACAUUUGAUGCAUUUUAAAAUAGCCCUAAAUAUCUAAUAAGGUACUCUUUGGAGUGAAAAAGUGGCUCUCUGUAAAUUCAGUAUGUUUCUGCCAGUCUCCAAGAUGGUUUGGUCUCUCUUGCUUGUUCUUAUCACAAUGAUCACAGCUGAGAAUGUAGCCAAGGAGGUUCAUUCUCUAAACCUAAAAAUCCUUCAGCCGAAAAAGAGUUUUCUCCCUUUGAUAAUUUCAUGUAACUAAAAAAAAUUAGAGAGCUUCUUUCCUUGAAUUAGGCACUUUGGCAAUUGAUUUCUAAGGGGAUAUUGAUUUUGAUUUUCCCCAGAAAAGCAGAUGUGCUUUGAUAGAGAAAGUUAUUAUUCUAUCAAUAUUUCUUAUCCCAUAAGAAAUUUAUUAUCUGUAUACUUCACACAGGUAGAGUGAAGCGGAAAAUGAACUAUUGUGUGGUAAAAUAUAUCAGAAUAUAAUGUGGAGAAAAAGUAUUUAGACCCAUAAAAUGAUCUCUUUAGAAGUUUGUUUUCCUGAUUUAUCCAAAUAAUUGCCUCAAUUCUUCUCUUUAUUGUAUACAUAGCCUUAACUAUAUGCUUAUACUCAGCUGAGCUGAAUGCACAGUAACUUUAUUAAAGGAGCACCUGGGCUCAUUAUUUCCUAAAGCAGAACAUAGCCUGUUCUCCUUGACAUAAGCAAAUGGUGUUUUCAACUUUAUAUCCAUAAAUGCACAUAAUAACAGGGAAAAAUAGCCACAGUUCUUUUCCUCUAUUCUCCUCAAUUCCUUCUAUAAGGGACUACUUGUUAUUUAUAUAGUGAUAAAGAUAAUAUUCCAUAUCUUUGAAGUAUAAGAGAGGCACAGUAUAAGAAUUAUUUAUAAUUUUUUAAUAACUACUUGAAAAGGAACCUUAUACAAUUAGGGUAUUAUUUUUAGAUUCAGUGAACAUUUAUAGUAUAUUAAAAAUUUAAUGUUUGAAUUUUGCAGGUUUUUUAGUAUUAUGCACCUUUUAAGUUAUCAAGCAUCUUUGGCUACCGCUAUCAACUUGAAAACAUUCCAUUUGAAAUAUCAUCAAAUAUAUAUUUUGUAGGACAAUUUAUAUAUGGUAUGAUUUGACCUACCAUAUUAAAACACAUUAAGCAUCAUGCUUUUAGCUGAAAUUAUAUGUUUCCUUCUAAACAUGCUGCAAAUUUAAUAGAGGUAUAUUGUGAUUUAGGAAAAUAUACGGAAGACAGUCAUAACCCCUACUGAGGCUUAGCUGGAUGGCUGGUGAGAUCUGCACUAGACUUAAGAGAAUGUAACGUUUCAUCUGCGUCUGAACACAUAGGGCUAAAUGUGAUGUCAGAUUUUAAAGAUUUGGUAUUAAUAUUUUUCUUAAAUAUAAAAUUUCUUAUAAUUUUGAUUGUUUCACCUUAGUCAAUAAUUGCCCAAAACAUGAUGUUUAAUGUAUAUGUAAAAGAUCUAAAUUAAGACUAGAUUUAAAGGGUAAUAUUUCCAUUUGAAAUUUUGUUCCCAGUCAUAUGCAGUAGUUAGUUCCCAGAUGGAAAAUGCUAUGAGAGUAAUGCUAUCAAGUGCUUUUCAUAUUUUUAUUUUACCACUGAACCAUUUUAAUAUAAAAGAGUCUAAAUAUUAGUUCUUAAGUUAUUUACUCUAAAAUAGGAAAUCUGUUAAAGCAGAGAAUUUAGAAAUUGUUUACUAUAAUUUCAAAAUCAGUUAUAUAGAGGAAGAAUUAAUAGGAAAAAUAUAAGUUGACAACUUAUCCUUUUCCUUUUAUAUCAGAAAGUAAAACUGAAAUGUACUAUAAUAAUCCAUAGAUCUUGGGGGGAGAAUAUUCUAGAAAAUACUCUUCACAUGUUAUCUAAGAAAGUCUCACUAGUCUCAUUAGUUUAAUGACACUAAUAUAUUUUAUAAAUACUGUAAUACAGUAAGGGGAGUGGGAAAAUUGUUUUGACUUUAUUUCAUCAGCACAGUAAUUAAGAACAAUAAAUAAGAUGUUUUGUUAUAAUCAGAUUCUUUUACUAUUCUCUUAGUUAUAAUAUCUCAAAUUAUACUAAGUACCUAACAACUGACAUUUAUACAGUUGUUGUAUCAUGUUUUAAGUUGCCAAAUUCAGACAUUUUCAGUAACUACGAAUAAAAGAAUGACAUACCAUGCUGGAAGCAGAGAAUUCAUAAUAUGUGCUUUAUACCAAAAUGUAUUGAAUUGUGGGUAAAAUUUACAGCUUAUAUGUAGCUUCUGCCUGUUAAGAGACUCAGAACUGUUCUCUGCAUUAGUUUUAACAUCCUGUUUUCUGUCACUUUCUAUCUGUUUUCUUAGCCUCAUGUACAGUAAUGUUAAGCUAAUUUGAUGAAGUGAUUCAGGUUGUAGCAAUGUAUCAGUUUUCAGUUCUUCUGGGUGAGCAAUAUUGCUGCUAUUUUCUAGAAAUAGCAAUCAUUUUAAAAUGCCAAACAGCUUACUGCUACCAACUUUCUUAAACAUCAUCUCUUAGAGAAGGAGAUUUUCAUGUGCCAAUAAUCAUCAGAGAGGUAUUUUGUAAGUGUUAAUGAUGUUCAGAAGUACAUGAAAGAAUUUUAUCUCAUAAUUUGCUUGUGAGUGUAAAACAAUGUAAUUCUUAUAAAUCUUUACUUUGUAUGUAUAAAACACAGUCUGUUGCACUUGAGUGAUUUGGUCUAUGGAAUGUUAAAUAUCUACCUUCAUUUAGCAGUAAUAUUCAUGUUUUGAUUUUAGACAGUUAAGUCCAUGCACUUAAUUUUAUCAUAUCUAUAUAAAUGGGAAAAAGAAAUAUAGCUUACAAGUACUAAAAAUUAAAUCCACCAAUAUUUUGUCAAGUUUUAAAAUUUUAGCAAAUUUAACAUUAUUUCGUCUCAUUUGAAGGUUAAAAAAAUGAUACUUAUCUCUAGCCAAAGUUGAAAUUUAUAUUCUACAUGUCCAAACUGGUUCCUAGCAGCUUUUGGACUAUAUCUCACUUGAUGUUAUAGUAUCUUUUAUUUGUAAUAAAUGUUCAAAUUUCUAUUUAAAAGCUCUAAUGUACAUCUAGAUUAAAUGAAAACACAGGUUUAUGCUUUUAAAAUAUGUUUUCAAAAGUAUAUUUUAAUUUCUGAGAAUGCAUGUUAUAUAGUGUUUAAUACUCCACAUGUCUUAGCAAAUCCCAUAUAUUUAUUCCUACAUAUGACACAUGGGAUAUCUCUUAAAAAUUAUGAAUAUGUAUCAUUUCCUUCAAAGUCAUUGUAGCCUAUAGUUGUAUCAAAAGUAUUGUAUAUUUUAUGGAGAUUUAGUGAUGUAUAUGUAAAUGUUUUUUAAGUUAUUUUAUUGAAGUUCAAUCUUUACAUAAAAUUUAAAUCUUUUUUUAAAAAAAGUGUCAGUGCCAGAACUGUAAAUGAAAAUAGUCAAAUAAAAGUUAAGACAAUUCACUACU